AUGCUGCAGUCCCCUUCUGGUCUGUCAGCCAGUCCCCCUAUGCUUCCCAAAACCGGACAUGAAAAUCGUGAUCAAAACGGGCAUUGUGAAGACACUGCAGUUGUGCCACCCUUCAGCCUUGAUGGGACAGCCUCCAUUCCCUCAGGCUCUUGCUCCCCGUCCACCCCGACUUCUACCACUAUCACCGCCAACUAUCGAACCCCUCGCCCGGAAACUAUCAUCUCGGUCAGCAGUAGUCUUGCCAAAGACUCCAACAUAAACCAUUCUCACCGACCGUUUCCUCCCAGUUCACACUUCACGAACACUUCACACUAUGCUCGUGAAUCUUUCGUUCAUCCCUUCGCUGCUGCUGGUGGUGGUGGUGGUGGUGGUGGUGGUGGUCACCGACCACUGACUGGGGUCUCGGUUGGUCACCUAAGCCAUCAUAAUCAUCCCUCCCAUUACAACUAUUACAAUCAGCAUUCGUCUCAUCACCAUCACAACCCGCAUCCUCAUCAUCACUCCUAUCACGCACAUCAUUAUGCUCAUUCUAACUCACAUGGAUAUACGAAUACAUCCCCGACUCCGGUAUCCCGGGCUCAGACAGCUACACAUCAGCUGCAAGAUUUUAUGCUCGGCCAGUGGACUCAGUUCAAACGGAAUAGUCCACACGCCACUUUGGUACAAUCGAGAAUCCCCCCGCCCAUCUCUAACGCUUCGACCGCAAACUGUUCCCCCAGCGAAGACUCCGCAACCACUUCCCCAUCACCAACCCCACAUUCUUCCGGCGGCGCCAACACUGAUCGUGGUCUUCCUUCAUCUAGAGCGCCCGAUUACAACCUCAAUGGUUCUCUUCCCCGGAAGCAAGCGGUCGGCCAUCCAGAGGGAGGGCCAGUGGUAACGGAGUUCGCUUCGUCUGGAGUGAAUUAUCGACGUCGUGGCGGCCCAGUUUCCCAGCUGUCCAGGCAGUCUAGUUCAGAUGCUACUCUCUGGCAGCGAGGUCAUCCGGGUGCUCGCAAAACCUCAUCACCGACCACUUUCACUGGUCGUGGCCCCACCGUGUAUGCAUGUAACCGGCCAACGGGGCAAUCAGGCUACUCUACCGCGGCACCUGCACGAGCCAGCAACGCCAGUCCAUCUCAAAUGACCGAUCGAUGCAACGUGAAUAACAAUGCUUGCCUCUCUGCUGGCCCUGUGUCCCACGGGUUUUCCGGCUCCACGCCUAGCUCACCGGGUUCUGCGAGCCAGCCUUCAUCCCUGCGCGGUUCACCGGCUCAUUCGAAACCACGGAGAAGUGUCCCGGAUCGCCCAAUUCCGCGCGAAUGCUCGUCACCUGCACUCUCCAAGGUGCGCGCAUCACCAGAACCCGUCCGACCCGCGACUCCACAAUCGCCCAAGGUUGCGGAUGCACAGUCAACUUCGGAUAAACCGGGAAAGGAGCCGGAUGCUUCUCCAGAUUCGUCCGCAUCUUCUCCCGUCCUGCGCAGCUCUGUUACAGCCACUGAUCGGUCAUCCCCUACCGUUUGUCAUACUGUCAAUGAUGCAAACCCUCUCAGCCUCGAAACAAGGACACUUGAGGUUUCCAGCACUGAGUCCCUUUCAAAUCCCCAAUCAGCUGAAUGCGCUUUGUCGAGUCGUAUGAACCUCAGCGCAUCCGCAGCUGACUAUGGCGGUAGCCGUCUUGAGCGAGCCGUAUCGGAGUGUAUUGACAAGCAGCUAACCAGCCCUAUGCGUGUUAACGUAACUCCGUCGACAGCAGUCAGCUCGUCUAAGCACGAUAGAGCAGAUACCCCAACCGCCAGCGAGCAGUACUGGACUCCAGACCCACCGGCCUCUCCGUCGAACGGGAACACGUUUAUAA